UAAACGUUUAGCUAAUAAGCUUUUUGUAUGAUAUUGAGGAGGCAGAAAUGUCAGAAAGCCAUGACGGAAGACUUUAUUUCUGUUGUUCCUACAGUUAGUCAGUUACUCGAGGUGCCAAAAGAUGUUAAAUGCUCGUUCGAAGGGUGCUCGAAGACCUUUAGUAAUAAGGGAAAUUUGCAUAUGCAUCUUAUAAAAUCUCAUGGAGAAAUUAAGCAAAACAUGUCAAGGUCGAUCCGAACGUAUCCAAAUGAAAACUCGUCACGUGACAAAGCGACAAUGGCGUCAAAAUUGUGACAUUCAGACCGAUGAGAGUGAUUUUCAUCUAUUAAUGACAGAGAUGCAAGCAUAUAUCAAGGAUGUAAAGGGACAGGUCCCAGUGUUCGCUACCACUGUCCAGUGGAGCCAUGUAUGUACAACAAGGGAGCCAAGAAAUACUGGGCCACCUUGCAGCUAGUUCGACAGCACUUCAAGAGAGUACAUGCAGAGCGAAAGUUUGCGUGUUCGAAAUGCUCAUCAAAGUUUUCAUGCGAGUACGAUCUUAACCGCCACCUGUCAGUGUGUGGUGUUAUGUACAGUUGUGGUUCCUGCCCAGUGAAAUACACUACAAAGGAGGCUCUACUUAUGCACUGUAAGCGGGGAGAACAUGAGUAUCCUGCCGAAUACCAGAGACAAAAGAAAGAGGAGGGCCCAAAGAAAAGACCACAGCGGCAGAAGUCUGACAAAUCAAGCCCGCCAGUGGUGACCAUAACACCCAUCCUACUGAUAACCACUGCCAUGUUGCCUGGAGCUCAAGAGGUUCAUGAACCAGUCUUAUCAUCCACAAGUCUGAGUCAGAACUGCAACCAGUCUGUGGCUGUUGGAAAAUAUAAAACUAUAAGCCCAAAGGUCCAGGUAUCGGAACCAACUAGAAGUGUACAGAACAUCUUUGUGGAAAAUGUAGCACAUAGAAAUGAUGUUGUGAUUCAAACGGAUAUUUAUGGGGUUGAUGCACUGUCUUUGAGCACAAGCAUACCAGCUACACAUACAGUUCAAGGGAGGCUUAGCCCGGGUCCACUUGAGGUCAAGACUGGAUAUCAGCUGAGCCCAGGAAGUGCGAGUGGAAGUAGAUCACCUAGUAGAAGAACUCAGCAAAGGAAGAGUCCGGGUAGUUAUUACAACCCUGGGUCACCUCGCAGGAAGAAAAUGAAAUCUUCUACAGGAAUGCAGACUUCAGUGAGCCUGACUAAGAAAAAGGGAGCUCACACUGUGAACAGCACCCAGACUCCAGGCGACUUCAUUCUUCAGGCAGCUAUGAAAACAGCUGAUAUUAAGAUUCAGAAAAAGACCGUCGCUUCCCAGGUGACUCCAAGAAAGGCACACAGGAAAAUGAAAUCCAGCCAAAUUCAGACUUUUAUUUCUGGGUUUAGACCACAACUUGUUGAUUCUAGUAGCCAAGUGCAGCAGAAAAAUAUUCUGUCAGAAAUAAUGUCACAGAACAUGGCGGAACAAGAGACCAUGACGGAAAGACCAAUGUCUAUAUCAACACAGACCAUGCAGUCAUUCCUUGAAGACCACCUGAAUAGGAACUCUUCAGGUGUUGUAAAUGAAAUGACAAAUGAUUUCAAUGUGAUUCUGACUGACUUGGAAAUGAAGGGGAUAGUAAAAGAGUCAAGUAGAGAUAAUAACAUAGUGGCUAUUUACACAGAAGAUCUUAACUCAUGUGUUGAAUUCCGUGCACCAACAAUUUCUUGUAAAAAAGCCUUGACAAAACAAGCUGUGGAAUUUGCAUCAAACCCAGAAAAAGUUUCAGGCACGUCACUUUCAACCCAGACCUAUGCUGAUAACGUCCUGUUGUUAAGUUCUACACUGCAGAAGAUAAACCCCACUUCGGACAUGGAUGCUCAAACAAUGUCUGCCUCGGAUUUUGACCUCCUACUGCAGUCUGAAGGCUUGCUAUUUGAUCAAAAUCCUCAAGGCCCUACUUUCAAAGAGUCUUUAUCCUUUAGUCACAGUAUUGGCAUUUCAAACUACAAAGACUCGUCAACAACAGUGAGCCCAUCAAAUAGGGGCAUUCUUAGUGUGGAAACCAAUAUGGCUGACAUGGACACACAAACUGGCAUGGAUUUCAACAUAUUUCGCGAUUUAGAACCUAUCGAUUCCAACACUCAAACCACUGGUAUCGAGGACAUGGAUUUCCUUGAUUUAGUAAUGUCAAAUAUGGAAACCCAGACUCUGAGUGAUAGUGAUCUUAUAAACUUGGGUCUGUUAGAUGGCACUUGUAAUCUGUCAGCAUUUUCAACACAUAGUAUGGCUGUAGGAACGAGUGAUUUCGACACUAGUGAUGACAUUUUCAGCUCUCUGGAGGAUGGUUUUGGAAUGUCAGAACUUGAUACAGCAACCACACACAAUAUGGGCAUUGGUACGAGUGAUUUUGAGUUACCUUAUGAGUUUGAUUGUGGCUCAGGCGUAGGCCAUAAGCAAGGCACUACCAGAGAAACUUUGUCAGCACAAAAGCUUGACAUUGGACCAUUUGAAGGCAACACUAAGGGUUUUACCUUUCAAGAGGAUACAACUGUUUGUGAUGAAAAUGCUGCAAAUGGGGAUAAUCUCCUGUUACAGAUUUGCAACUUGUCCCCUGAGGAUGAUACCACAAACAAAAGCAUGGUUAACAUUAUAGAACAAGGAAGUAGUAUCAAACAUAAAACUGUGUCAGCUAGCAGGGUGCAGCAUAAUCACCAAGCUUCUGAUCAUUUAAAUAAACCACAUGAGCAUUCUGUAGAUUUAAAUAAGGUUAGAUCUGCCAGUAUUGCAGUGUUUGGUUCCUCCGAGAUGCAAACCCAGGUGGAUUUUGGCGACGCAGGAUUCUGUACAACAAACAUUGAGACACAGACAACAUUUGAUGACCUGCAGGAAUUCUGUGAAAAAAUUCUAUGAACAUUUUAUAUUGAAGAUCUUUAUAGACAGUAGUGUAGGCUGCAGCAUUGUAGUAUUUCCUGAACAUUUUAUUUAUUAUGAAUAAAUACUACUACUACUGA